AUGGCCCUCUCAAAUACAGAUACACAAGCCAUUUCGCUCUUUGAGCAAGCCAUGGAAAAGGAGCAGCAUGGCUCCAUGUCAGACGCCGUGGGGUUCUACAGACAAGCAUUUCGACUCAAUGAGCAGGUGGAUAGAUUGUACCGGCAGGAGCGAGUGCCUCAGGCGAUCCAGAAACUUAAAGCUGAGCACGGAAAGAACGUGGCACACAAGGUCAAUGAAGAGGAGGUGGGGAAAAUAGACGUUGAUCGCUUGCUAGCACUGUGGGAGCAUGUGGAAGCACAGGCUCCGAACAAGGACGAUCCGGACCACUGGAACGAUGACGUGGUUGUAAAAAUUGACAAUUUGGCGUUGAAUGCACCGGAUGAGGAGGUAUCGCCUCUAAUAGACCUCCCGGGUGAAGUAUGGGUUAGGGUUUUGGGAUUCUUACAGGAGUCACUGCCCGAGCUGUGGUUCCAAUUUGGCAUGACGUGCAAGAAACACGCUUAUUUGGCGUUUGCUCUGUCGGCAUUGUGGGAGAAGCUAUGUUACUUGAUCUACCCGCAUCAAAGACACGAGACGGCUGCUCUCAACGAUCCAAAGGAAUUGUAUGCUAAAAGCGGGUCGUGGAAGAAAGUGCUAUGGGAAAAUCCUUUUGUGAAGUUUAUGGGCUGCUACAUUAGCGUGGUCAAUUACUAUACUGAGGGUGGUAGAGGUGAGUACUCUCUCAACUGGUCUAACCCAGUGAAAACAAAUACCUACUAUCGAUAUCUUCGAUUGUACCCUGAUGGCGUAUGUCUCAUGGCAUUGACGGCAUUGGACCCAACGAAAGUGGUUCAUCGGAUGACGAGGAGCAACACGAACAAGUGCAUCAUGGAAACUAAGGAUGUUGCCCUUCACUUCAACCCUGCCACACAUCCUCACAAAAUAUACACUGGUGGCUGGAGUCUAAAAAAAAAUGGCGAGUUGGAAAUUCGUCUUUACCAGGGAUCUGUUCCUUACUACACGUUCUACUACUAUUUCAAGAUCAAGAGUCUAGGGCAAAAGCCAAAUUACAGCAAGUUGCUGUGGGUACGCUAUUUCGCUGUUGAAAAGACGGAAUCGGGUGAUGCUCCUACUGGUGAUGAAGUGGACUUUUCCUUGAAGAAUGAGACUUCGUUCAAGUUUUCAAGAGUCAAAUCUUUCACAAAUGAGUGA